AUGACGGAUCCUCGCAAAGAGUACAUUGUACAGUGCAUCAUCAGCGUUCUGAACAUUCCACGCAACGAGUUCCGAAGCAACACAACUUCCAACACUGCUUUGGAGAAGUUCCUGGAUCAUCCAAAUGAGAAGAUCCUUCAGGCCAUUGAGAAUGAUUCAGGCGAUACGUCGAAACGGACGGUCACAUUCCAGUUAGGUUUCUCGACCUAUGUGGAGGGACUCCCGGAGAUGCACUUUGUGAAAACCUCGUACGAGCCUCUGACAGAGGCAAACAUCUCGAGACUUGUGAUGGUGUCGUCACUCAGAAUGUCUGCUGUCCGGAGCCUUUACUACAACGUACGUGAGGUUUUUAUGCCGCUCUUGGUUGAGAAGGCCGAGACCAAGGAGACUGAUGGACUCGAAGGCCGUUUGACAGACUGCCUGGUGGAGCUGGAUGCGGGCCUCAAAGCUUCUCUCCGCCGUGGGUUGCGGAGUCGGAACGCAGGUGAGUUUGAUGACAAUGACAUGUCCGGGAUCGUAACCCCGGUGGAUGAAGUACACUUUUGGGAAGAGCUCAAGAAUGCAACGGGUGUGGGUGAUGCUGCAGUCGACCGUGCCAGCAAAUUCUCAGAUGCCCUUGCCCCUAUUGCAUCUGAGUUGGACGAGCUGACCAAGAAAACGUUUCCCCAGCUGCUUGAGCUUACCGAGACACUCAUGGACUCUUUGGAUUCCUUGUGGCAGUGUGAUGUGACACCUCCGUAUCCAGCGGCUAGGAUGCUUCAUUUCUUGAGAGUGAUUGCCGGCGCUCUUGGUAGAUGCGUCCAAUCCAGAUUGAAUAGUCUGAACGUGUGGACGUCAUCUUUCUCCCAGGUGUCCAAGCACAUCCGCGAAGGACACAAAGUGUGUGAGCGCUGGAAUGAAGUCUCAGUGGAUCUGACCGACGUGCAAUGGAGGUCAAGUGACAAUAGGUGGGAAGGUGAAGCCUACAAGGACCCCUUCCUGUCGAAUCUGGCCAGUCGGAUCCAAGAAGUUAGUCAACUGCGCGGCCAGCAUGAUCAGAUCCUCAAGCUCCUCAGCGAGGAUGAGCUAAAAGCGAUGCAAAUCGAAAGUUGCUUCGAGCCCUUCUUGAAGUUGUCCGCCUUCAGCUACAACGACUACACGGUGCCAGCCUGGAGGACUGCCCUUGCGGAAUACGAGGCACGAAUGGCACCUGUUGAAGCUCAAGUUGCUGAGCGUCUCCGAGCCGAGCUUUUCACAAACACAUCCAACCCAGCACAGACUGUGCGAGUCUUCCAAAGAUACCAAGACUUGUUGGAGCGCCGCAACAUCCGGGAGUCUUUGACCAACGAACGCGAGAGGCUGCUUACGGAGCUCGAUGACUUCCUCGGCCGAGUCCAGGCAGAGCUCGAGACGUUCGACAGUGGCAGCCUUCCAGCCGGUCGAGGCCUGAGCUUGCAUGCAAGGAAGAUGGUAUGGGUCGAACACUUGCGGAGUAAAGCUGAUUUGGCAGCUCGACCAUUGGCUGGUUUUCUGAAGGACUUGCAUUCUGCGGGAAAGGUCGGCAACACUUAUAAGAAGGUUCGUGCUGAGCUGAAGGAGUUCCGAAACAGAGCGUACAAAGAUUGGUGCGACGAAGUUGAGUCACAGUUGAAGGACCCGGAUGACCCAAUUGCCCUUGAAAUGAACAGCCGAGUGAUGGACUUUGAUACAGCGCAGCAGGGGGCAUUGAAGAUCACGUAUUCUGAACGAUUGAUAGAGCUCGUCAAAGAGGCUCGCAUCUUCGAGCAGCUGGGCUGCAAUGUCCCCAACAAAGUGAAGCUCGCAGUCCAGGAUGGCCUGAAGUUCUAUCGCUUUGCAGUGCAGCUAAAGCAAGUUUGCAACUUCUACAACACACUGUCGGCAGAGCUGCUCCCGUCACAGAAGCUUAUGGUCUUGCAGCCAGCCCUUGCCUUUGAGCAGCUCUUCAACGAAAAGAGUGGAAUGAAAAAAGUCCAGUGGAACAAGUUAGAUCAGCUGGAGGCAUUCACCCGAAACGUCAAAGAUGGAGCAGAGCGGUUGCGGGCAGUGAACAGGCGCCUUCGCAACGGUCACGCCCAGGUGUCGCAGGAAGUUGUGCAGUUGGCAAACAUCAGCUUGCUCCGUCAGCGAGACCAGUGGAAGCAGAAGCUGGCACAGAUACAGAAGGCCAUCGAUGCCACAAUCGGAGCUUGUGGCUGUCAAGUUCCGGAUGCAAAGCCAUGGAAGGCCCACUGGGAUUUCCAGAUUUUCAAGAUCAUGGAGGUUCAGUACCGCUUUGGCCUGGAAAGCCUCAACGAGAACUUGCCGGAGAUGAAAGCCGACUUGAUCCUUGCCCAAAAGCAGCUAAAACUCAAGCCGCCGUUGGAAGAGCUGAAGUCUUUGUACUUCAAGGAGAUAAAGUCCUUCAUUUCACUGCCGCUACAAUUCAAAGGUUUGGAUGGUGCGCCGCAUGUGUACAAGGCAAUGGCAGAUCGCAAUGCAGAAGGCAUUGCAGUUGUCUUUCAGAAGGCAGAUGGGCUGUUUCAGCGUGUGCACCAACUUCAGAACUCGUUUUCGCCUUGGCUGGUGGUGGGCUUGAUGCCGGAGCGUGUUCAAGAGCUCGUCGAAGAGCUCACUGAGCCCAAGGACUGGGACCUGAAUUUCAGGGCCAUCAAAGCGAAACGGAAGGAGAUGGACAAGAUCCCAGACACAGUGAAGAUCGACUGCUUUACAAUUAGCACAGUGGUUCUGAAGUCUGUGAUUGAAGAUCAGCUUGAACGAUUGAGUGAUGCACUGAUCAUUGCAUUGCGACGGAAGGCAUCUGAUGAAGCGAAGUCCGUGAUGCAGUUCUUGGAGCAGGCUCUUGAGAAGCUGAAUGUCCGUCCGGACACGGUGCAGGAACUUGGCAAGGCACAAGCCGAUGCAGCAAUCCUCAUGGAACAGCAGUCGGAUUGGAAGAAGCAGCUGGACGCUGCUGAGGAGAAAAACAAGCUCCUGAAAACAGUUGGCACGGGCAUUGACAUGAGCGAAGUGCAGAACAAGUGGGAGGACUUCCUGAUUCGUUUGGAGGCGUUUGAGCAGUUGGCAAGCGACCUGCGUGAAGAAUUGCGGGGCAAGAUGGAUCAGCGCAUUGUGCAGAUGAACAGCGAUAUUGAGAAGUUUGCAUCCCGCUGGCAGUCAUUGAAACCCAAAACGGCCGAUGACUGCUCCAUUGAGGAAGCGAAGAAGAACGCACAGCAAAUGCAGGAAUGGCAAUCAGAGUGGCAGGCCCUAAGAGAGCAGAUGACAGUGCUGCAGGGUGACUGUACUGACUUCGGCCUGCCCCCGCCAGAAUUAGCCAACACAACAGACGUGGAAGAGGACUUGAACAGGCAGCAAGCAAGCUGGAGCCUCUUCGAAGAGUUCACAACGCAGUACGAGGAGUUGCUUGUGCAGACUUGGCUGGAAUUGAGGCCUCGCCUCUUCAGUGUUCAAGAUCUGGCACAUAACUGGCUGUCACGACUACGGGAAGUUCCAAGGGAUCCCGUGACGCAUAUGCUCUCGCAACAGGUGCAAAGACUCAAUGCUGCUCAUCCUGCCCUGAAAGCGAUGACAGGUGAGCCAUUCGAGAAGGACCAUUGGAAGAUCCUCUUUGGACUCUUGAAGCUACCUGCCGACACCAAACUCGAGGCACUCACCUUUCGCAUGCUGGCCGACAGGUUGGACACCAUCGUUGAAAAGGUGGAUGAGCUAAAGGAGUUGACUGCACGAGCCAUCGGAGAAGUCACAAUCCGAGAUGCAGUCAUGGAGGUAUCGGCUUGGUUUGAGCAGGCGGAGUUCAAUCUCAUGGACCAUCCUGUCAGAGGAGGCUUCGUUCCUUUAAUCAAGGACUGGAAAGACUUGAUGUCAGAGGUGUCAGAGAAACAAAAUCUGUGUGGCUCGCUGAAAGACUCACGAUUCUUUGGACCGUUCAAAGAUCAAGUGGACAAGUUUGAGGAGAAGCUAACACUGCUGGAUGAGCUGCUGCUAUGUAUGAACAAAGUCCAGCGCAAGUGGGUCUACUUGGAACCAAUAUUUGGUCGAGGUUCCUUGCCACGGGAAAAAGAGCGCUUUGACAAAGUCAAUGGUCAGUACCGGCAGAUAAUGAAGAAUGUUGGCGCGGCCAAGAAGGUAAACUAUCUCUGCACAGUUCGAGGCUUGAAGGAGCAGUUCACGACGCUUUCGGACCAACUGGAACGAUGCCAGAAGGCUCUGAACAGCUUCCUCGAAGAAAAGCGUUCUGCGUUCCCGCGCCUCUACUUCAUUGGAGAUGAAGACCUUCUUGAGAUUCUCGGGCAAUCGAGCAACCCAGAAGUUAUCCAAGCCCACCUGAAGAAGCUUUUUGCUGGCAUUGCCACAGUAGACUUCGACGAAAACAUCACUCGCAUUGUGGCAAUGAACAGUUCCUUGAAAGAAAAAGUUCCACUCGGCAAUCCAGUUGUUGUCCGAGAGGGCGAGGAUCCCCUGCCUGUGGAGGAAUGGCUGUCGAACCUGUCGAACGAGAUGUUCUCUACACUCGCUGUGCAGUUGCAGGGCUGUUAUGCUCAGUCCGAAAUGGAUAUGCAGCAGUUCGAGAAAUACCCAUCGCAGUUGUUAUGCCUGAGUGCAAACAUCCACUUCACACACAACAUUGAAAGAUACAUGAGCAACGGGCAGCUACACCAACUAAAGGGAGAUUUGCAGACCCAGCUUUCCUCUAUGACGUCGCUGUCGUUGGAUGGUGCCCUGCCGCAAGCAAAGCUGAAAGCCCUGAUCCUAGAUCUCAUCCACAACAUUUCGGUGUUGGAUGACCUGCUGGUGCACAAGGUACAGAAGCUGUCCGAGUGGAGCUGGUACAGACAACUGCGCUACUACUUGAAGCAAGGGGUUAGCCCCGAGCAAAAACCUUGCAGUGUUCGGAUGCUGGAGUGCGAGCAGAGCUAUUCUUUUGAGUAUCAAGGAAACGCUCCGAAGCUCGUACACACACCACUCACGGACAAAUGCUACCUGACCCUUAUGCAUGGCUUGCAUCUGGGAUAUGGAGGAAAUCCGUACGGUCCUGCAGGAACAGGCAAGACGGAGUCUGUGAAAGCGCUUGGGUCGUGUUUAGGAAGGCAGGUGUUGGUUUUCAAUUGCGACGAGGGAAUCGACUUUCAAGCCAUGGGCCGGAUCUUCGUGGGUUUGGUGCGCUGUGGUGCCUGGGGUUGCUUUGAUGAGUUCAACCGCUUGCUGGAGGAGCAGAUGUCCGCCAUCUCCCAGUCUGUGCAACUGAUCCAAGCAGCCAUCAAAAAUAGCCACAGCACAGUUCAUCUGCUGAAUCGCGACGUGCCUGUGAAUCACAAUGCGGGAAUCUUCAUUACGCUGAAUCCAGCGACCAAAGGGUAUGGUGGUCGACAGAAGCUUCCGGACAACCUUAAGCAGCUCUUUCGCCCUGUGGCCAUGAGCGUACCAGACAACGAGCUCAUUGCGGAGGUGAUGAUGUUUGCAGAGGGGUUCGCGAGCGCAAAGGUUCUGGCACAGAAGGUCGUUGCUUUGUUUCUGCUCUCGCGACAGCUGUUGUCAUCACAGCAGCACUACGACUGGGGCCUUCGAGCCUUGAAGCCGAUCCUGACUCUGGCUGGCCGGCUGCUACAGGAGACAAAGGCUCAGCAGUCCGAGCCUUUACGCGAAGACGAAGAAUCGGUGCUUCUUUUGAAGGCUGUUCGAAUGAACACACUGUCCAAGUUGACCUUCGCCGACUCCAAGCGCUUUCAGGACUUGUGCAUGGACUUGUUUCCUGGAAUUAACGUGAAGGACAUCGAGUACAAGGAGCUGGAGGCCGUAAUCCGCGAAACCAUGCGGGAGAUGAGGCUUGCAGAAAUUGAUUCGCAAAUUUACAAGAUGCUGCAGUUCCACGAGGCAUGUCAACAGCGCAUGGGUGUCGGCAUUGUUGGUCCCUCAGGUUGUGGGAAGAGCACGAUCUGGAAGGUACUGGAAGCAGCCUACAAGAAGCAGGGCAAGAAGUAUGUCGUUCACGUGAUGAACCCCAAGUCAAUGCACAGGGUUCGAUUGUUGGGCUACAUGGACCAUGAUACACGUGAGUGGUUUGAUGGUGUUCUGACUGCCAGCGCCAGGAAAGUCAUCAAGGAGCCAUCAACAACUCACAACUGGAUUGUCUGUGAUGGUGACAUAGACCCUGAGUGGGUCGAAUCCCUGAAUAGCGUCCUGGAUGACAACCGUCUUUUGACAAUGCCUAACGGAGAGCGUAUCCAGUUUGGUACAAACGUGAACUUUGUCUUCGAAACUGACCAUCUGCGAUUUGCAUCCCCAGCCACGAUCAGCCGCUUGACCAUGAUCUUCCUGUCUGAGGAAGAUGUUGACGUCAGACCUCUCGUGACCUCUUGGAUCCUGAAGCAGCCGGAAGAGCAGCAGGCCCAACUGGAGAGUUGGUUUGAUGAACUCUUCUACAGAGCAUUGGAUUGGCUUUACAAAGGGUCCCGAGAGAUGGCGAUAGAAACAACUCGUAUGGGAAUGGUCCAAAAUGUUCUUGGCCACCUCAGCAAGGCUGAGGGUGAUGCAGCUGUGACUGUUCAUGAUGAGAGUCCUGCAAUUUCCAAGCAGAGUUUUCUGCUUGCUAUAUGUCGCGGAUUAGGAGGCAACCUGUCAGAAGAGGAUCGUGCUGCUUUGACCCGCGAGGCUUUCAAGUGGUCCAAUGAGAACAUACCCGAUCCAAGCCAGCCUCUUCACUGCCAGGUUGUGGAGUCUCUCAUUGUCGGGUACCAGGUUUCUGCGGGCACAGAGAUCUCGCUCGAAGAUGUGAAGCGGUCUGCAGUCCUACCUCCUUUGGUUCCAACUGCGACAGUGUUGCGCAACAUGGACCUUUUCGCGACCUGGCUUGCGCAGGAGCAGCCCUUUGUCGUCAGUGGUCCCGAGGGUGCUGGCAAGAACCUCCUGAUUCGACAUGCCAUUCAUCGCCUGCAGAAUGAAUCUGAUGCUGCUUUGAAUGUUGCAGUUCUCAACUGCAAUGCGCAAACAUCCUCGAAAGAUGUGCUGCAGAAACUGCGUCAGUUCUGUUCAGUGUCUACCGGCACCACUGGCCGAAUCUACCGGCCACGAGAAGGCAGAAGACUGGUUCUGUACUUGAAGGAUAUCAACUUGCCCACGCCAGACAAGUAUGACACCUCUGAAAUCAUCAUGUUCCUGCAGCAGGCAGUGAUGCACAAGGGGUUUUAUGACGACGACUUGGAGUUUGUACUCCUGGAACAUAUCCAGAUCGUGGCUUCGAUUGCACCAGCGAGCACGCUCGGUCGACAUCGUUUGGCAACUCGUUUCACGGCGAAUGUCAGGGUUUGCUCAAUCUCAUACCCAAGCUCGGAGGAGUUGGUCGAAGUGUAUACACACUUCUUGCGUGCAACAUUCACAUCACCUGAGUGGCAGAACGUGGCUGAUAGAAGCCAUGGUUUGUGCGAAAAGCUUGCAGAAGCAAUGGUUGACAUCUACGCCAGUAUGAAGGGCAAGUUUACGAUGGAUGACCAUGAGCACUACUUGUUCAAUCCAAGAGAUUUGACACAGUGGGUCUUGCAGCUUCUGCGCUACGAGGUUAUGUCCGUGGACAGUCUGAUCGAGGCCUGGGCCUACGAAGCCACGCGGAUCUUCCGGGACCGGCUGGUGGGAGAUGAGGCGAAAUCCCAUUUCGAUGCGUUGCUCAGAAAUGCUCUGAUACAGUAUGUCGGCGUAGAUGUUGAGGUCGACAAGUUGAUCUUCACAGCAAUGCUGACCCUGAAUGACGAGGGCGUACCGAGUGGUGACAUGAAAAAGGUUUCUCCUGAAGACUACACAAAGAUGGUCAAGGAUGGCUUGAAGUCGUACCAGCGUGAGGUGAAAGAUUUGGAAAUUGAGCUGGUGCCAGAGGUUCUUGAGCAAAUUAGUUGGAUGGACCGUGCACUUGCUGCACCUGUGGCCAAUGACUUGUUGGUCGUAGGACGAUCUGGAGGUGGAAAGCGCUCGGUCAUCUCUCUGUUAGCUCACAUGCACCGCCUGGCAGUCUUUAGCCCUGCACCCGCACGGCGCUAUGGCGACAAGGAAUGGAAGAGGGACCUCAAGGCAGUGAUGCAGAUGACGGGUGUCGAGAAGCAGCACACCAUCCUUUUUCUGGAAGAUCACCACUUGCUGAAGUCUGAGUUCUUGGAAUCCGUGAACUCUCUUCUCAGUGCAGGUGAUGUACCUGGUAUUUGGACACCGGAAGAGCUUGAACCACUGCUGGCUCCGCUGAAGGAAGAAUGGGCUGCUUCACAGGGCAGGGGAGGCGGUGCAAGGACGCCAUUUGAAUACUUCUGCAACCAAGUGCAACAGCGCCUCCACGUCGUGCUCUCCAUGGAUCCGAAUCAUCCACACUUCUUGCCAUACUGUGCUGCAAACCCAGCCCUGUUCUCAUGCACGACUGUCUUGUGGCUUGAUGAGUGGUCCGAGGAAAGCAAAACGAUCAUUGCACAACGAAUUCUGGGCGAGAUGCUGUCUCAGAAAGCAAACUUGGGGCCGCUGUUGCAGUACAUCCAUGCUUCUCAGGCUAAGGCUUCUCCAAGGCACUACAUCACCCUUCUUCAGACCUGCCAUGCCAUGUACUCUGCCAAGAUCUCCACUGCAUCCGGGCAGUCCUCGCACUUGCAGAAAGGUUUGUCUAAGCUUCAGGAAGUGAGCCAGACCGUGGAGAGACUGCAGGAGGACGCAAUUGCAAAGCAGAAGGACUUGGAAGAGAAGAAGGUGCUGGCAGCCGAAGCCUUGCAACGCAUCACCGCAGCCAUGCAGCAGUCUGCAGAUCGCAGGCAGGAGGUGGAGAAGUUGGAGGGGCAAACUCAGCUAGAACAGGAGAAAAAUAGUGCCGACAAAGCAUCCAUUGAAAAAGAGCUGUCGGAAAUCCAGCCCAUCCUCGAUGCGGCAAAGAAGGCUGUCGGCAGCAUCAAGUCUGAGCAUCUCAAUGAGAUUCGGGCCCUCAAGAUGCCUCCAGAUCCCAUCCACGAUGUGCUCAAUGGAGUACUGCGCCUCAUGGGAAACUAUGACAACUCCUGGGCUUCAAUGAAGAAGUUCUUGGCAGGUACUGGUGCCAUUCAGCGCAUAGUCAACUUCGACCCCCGGCAGAUUGAUGACAAGACUCGUGUGGAUGUAGAGAAGCUUUUGAGAGACAAGGCCAACUCAUUUGACCAUGCUACGAUUUACCGCGUAUCGGUUGCCGCAGCUCCCUUGGCCAAGUGGGUGGUGGCGUGCGUUCGGUACAGCACAGUACUGGUCAAGGUUGCACCAAUGGAGAAAGCGCGUGACGAUGCGGAAGAGUCUCUGCGUGCUGCUCUCGAGAAGCUUGCAGUAUACAAAGAUGAGUUGGUCCAAAUCGAUAAUGAUGUCCAGCGCCUGCAAGAACAGUUCGGUGCACGCACCCGUGAUGCUGAAGUCCUUCGUGUUGACUUGGAGCGCGCAACUUCGACACUCGAGAAAGCGGGCAACCUCAUGAGCAAGAUGUCUGGGGAGAAGGAUCGCUGGGAGUCCCAGGUUGCCGAGAUCCAACAAGAUGCAGCGCUUCUUUCAACCCAUACUUGCCUGUCAGCGGCCUACUGCACCUAUUUGGGGCACUUCUCUGAGGAUAUCAGACAACAGGCCAACUUUCUGUGGACCGAAUCUCGUGGAAUUACCACCUUCGAUUUCCUGCGGAUCAUGUCUUCCGAAAGUGAGCUCCUGACUUGGAAGGCUCAAGGCCUCUCGGCUGACCGCCUCUCUCAGGAGAAUGCGGUCAUGAUAAACUCUGGCAUUCUUGUUCCGUUUAUCGUCGACCCCAACAGCCAGGCUCUCGAAUGGCUGAGGCAGACCAAUCCGCAUGCAGAGAGCGUCCUACAGCAAGACCCGAAGCUGGUCUCACAGCUGGAGCUCGCAGUCCGUUUUGGGAAGGUGCUUAUCAUUCAAGAGGUUGAUGGCAUUGACAACUAUCUUGUGCCACUGCUUCGACGGGACAUGAUCCGACAAGGGCCAAGGCAGGCUGUACAAAUCAGCGACAAAAUGUGCGACUUUGACGAGAACUUCCGGCUCUUCUUAUGCACCCGGAAUUCCAGCGCAAUUGAGAUGCUGCCUCCCAAUACAGCCUGCCUCGUCACGCGUGUGAACUUCACGGUAACGCGUGCAGGAUUGGAAGGCCAGCUGUUGGGUGUGACCUUGCAGCACGAAAAGCCAGAGCUUGAGCACCGCAAGUCAGAGCUCCUGCAAAAGGAGGAAGCCUUGAAAGUCGAGCUCUCUGGUCUUGAAAAGACUUUGCUGGAGCAACUUGCCGACUCUAGUGGCAACAUUCUUGAGAACGAGCCGCUCAUCCAAUCCCUUGAGCAAACAAAAGCUGCUGCGAUCACGAUCUCAGAGUCUUUGACGGAGUCAUCCCGCCUGCAGAUGGACCUUGAUCAGCAACGUGAAGUAUAUCGUCCUCUUGCCACACUGGGCUCCCGAAUCUUCAUUCUCGUCAAAGAACUUUCUGUCAUCGAUCACAUGUACCGCUUCUCUUUGGAAGCCUUUAUGGCUCUUUUCAACAAGGUGCUCAAUCUGCAGCUGGGUUCAGAAACGACUGAUGACAAGCUGAGGCAGCUAGGAAACCAGCUGAAGAUUGUUGUGCUCUUUUACAUCUCCCGGUCUCUUUUCAAGGCCGACAGGCUGACAUUUGGCAUUCACAUGGUCCGAGGCAUCAUGCCAGAGAAGUUUGAAGCAAAUGAGUGGGAACUCUUCCAGGGAGUGUAUAUUCCAGCCAACCAGCCUCCAACGCCAGCUCCCGGGUGGUGUCCUCAAGACCGAGCAGCAGCGCUUCAGACUCUUCGUGCAACUUUCCCCAAGAUCGAUGAGCACUGGCAGCUCAACAAAGAUGCAUUGUGGGGUCCGUGGGUUGCAUCUGACAAGUGUGAAGAGACCUUUGAUGGGUCAGUGUACUCGCGCAUGUCAGCAUUCCAGCGGGUGCUCCUGAUACAGGCUGUGCGACCUGAUCGGCUGGAGUCCGCGUUGACCCAGUUUGCAUGUGAAGCGCUUGGUGUGUCGUCCCUUUCGCCACCGCCGCUCAGCUUGAACCGGCUCUACAAGGAGGAGACGAGCAACAAACUUCCAGUCCUUUUUGUGACAACGCCUGGAGCCGAUCCUUCCGCAGAGCUUGAAGACUUUGCCAAGAUGCAUGCAGAAUCUGUGCCAGGUAUGAACUUCCACCAGCUUGCCAUGGGAGGCGGCCAGAAUGAUGAUGCAAUCAGGCUCCUACGUGAUGCAGCCAACGUUGGUGACUGGGUGUGCCUGAAGAAUCUGCACUUGGUGAUAAGCUGGGUGCCACUGCUGGAGAAGGAGUUCAAAAGCUUGCAGCCUCACGAGAACUUCCGGUGCUGGCUAACUACCGAAGCACAUGCUAAGUUUCCAACAAUUCUGCUUGAAACAUCGCUGAAGGUCACUUACGAAGCACCUCCAGGAGUCAAGAAGAAUGUGCUCAGAACGCUUGAGUCAUGGAACCAUCAUUGGUUUGCACAGGGAAAUGACCUGAGGUCCAGAGUGAUCUUCCUUUGUGCACACUUUCAUGCCAUUAUGCAGGAGCGCCGCACGUACAUACCCCAAGGCUGGACGAAGUUCUACGAGUUUUCCCAGAGUGAUUUGCAGAGCGCAUGUGAGACGGUCUCCUUGCUAGUAAAGUCAGGAGAAGCCUUCAAGUCUAGUCCCGGGGCACUUGGCAUUGACUGGGUCACAUUGAUAGGCGUCUUGGAACAAGCCGUAUAUGGAAGUCGGGUUGAUAACGAGUUUGACUCUCGCCUGGUGAGGGAGUACCUGGCGAUGUUCUUCAAAUCGGAGACGUUGGAGGGUGGCCGACGCAAGUCAGGGUUCGUAGAGAUCCCCCCGUUUGACAUCCCCGUCUCAACAAAUAUGGGCGACUUCCGCGCUCGGGUUGAGCAGCUGCCAGAUCUUGACAAUCCUGCAUCAUUUGGCAUGGCGCCAAACGCAGACCGCUCGCUCCAGCGCAUCAACUCUGCCAAGGCCAUCUCACUUCUGCGCCAGCUGGCGACUAGUGGAGGAGAUUCAGGUGAUUCAGCCGCUGCCGCAGUUGACAUCAAAUUGUGGAAAUCACAACUUGCCCCUUUGUUCACUAUUUGGGACAACGUGAACAAGGGGCACCUGAGCAAACUCAAAGGAGUGGAUAUUCGGGCUGUUCAUCCAGAUGAUCCACCUUCCAUUGCAUUCAUCUUAAUGGACGCUGCCGAAGCUUCCAGACUCGGGGAACUUGUCACUACUGCCUUGUCCACCUUGCAGCGGGUUGUGAAUGGGCAUGCCUUGAGUACACCAGACUUGCAAGUGCAAGCCAAAGCCUUGAUUCGGGGUGAAGUGCCGGAGUCAUGGUCCGUCACUUGGCCGUCUGCACCUGAAGAUCCGUCGCUUUACCUCCAAGGGUUGGCAAAGCGUAUUGCAGCACUGAAAGGCGACUGGGUGCGCCGUGUGCAGUCGCGGAGCAUUCUUGCACAGCCCAUUUGCUUGAGCGACUUCCUGCGUCCUGAUGUUUUUCUCAAUGCCCUUCGUCAGGAGACCGCCCGGAGGCUAGCUAUCUCAAUCGACAGCUUACAUUUGGUUUCAACUUUCGAGCCGCACCUUCUCAGCGAGGAGUCUUCCCCGCUCCCAGUCACCGUGCAAGAGCUCAUCCUUGAAGGCUGCGCUUUUGAUGAGUCCAAACGGAUGCUGAUUGAAGGUCAGCGAAACUCUCCAUUGGUAUCCAUGCUGCCCGCAAUGACAAUUUCCUGGAUGUCAAAAGCCACGCAUCCCGACCGAACGGCUUCGUCAGCUCGUGCAGCUGGCACCAUUUCUUUGCCUGUGUAUGCGUCUCUUACCCGAGAGCGGCUGAUUGCGGAGGUUGAGCUGAGUACAGAUAGCGCCCGCCAGCGCAAGCUCAACGCUGCAGCUUUGUUCUUGACGGAGAACGAGUGA